AUGACGGAUGCUUCCUCUGAGCAGCUCAGGCGGAAGACCAAGCAGCAAGUUUGUGAGGCAUUCCUGCAGAAACUCAGGGAGAAGAAAAGCAUUGACCUGGAUGCACCAGGCGUCGUCGAGGGGAUCAGGCAGCACUUCCAGACCCUGCCAACGAGAUAUGCGCUCGAUGUGAAUAUAAACUCUUAUGACAUUAUAAACCAUCAGAGGCUGCUCAACUCAGCCCGGGCAGACCCGUCAGCGGUGUCCUUCCAAGUGCGGACAGUGGAUGUGAGCCUGCCUCGGCCAGCUUUCGGAAGUUCUCCCAACCUGCAGGUCCGUGCGUUAGACGCUACAUUCUAUGAGAUCACGAUAGCGUCGGUGGACCAGCCGAGGCUCCUGUGCCGCCUUUCCGAAAGCUUGGGCGACCUGAAUUUGAACAUAUGCGAGGCGCAUGCAUUCAACACCACAGAUCGCUUCUCGCUGGACGUGUUUGUGGUGAACGGCUGGAGCGGAGAGCCUGAUGACUGGGAGCUAGAUCCAACGGAUAUUGUCUUCGAGGAGAAGAUUGCUUCUGGCGCGUUUGGGGACCUGUACAAGGGCACCUACUGCGGGCAGGAAGUGGCCAUCAAAAUCCUGCGCAAUGUGCACACAGACAGCCAGCAGUAUCAGGAGUUCCUUCAGGAAGUCGCAAUCAUGCGGAAAGUGCGGCAUAAGAACGUCGUGCAGUUCAUCGGCGCGUGCACAAGAAAGCCCAAUCUGUGCAUCGUUUUUGAGUUCAUGUCGGGCGGCAGCAUCUAUGACUACAUGCGGAAGGCGGGGCAGCUGAAGCUGUCGCUGGUGCUGAAGAUCGGCACAGAGGUGUGCCGGGGGAUGGACUACCUGCACAAGCGCAAGAUCGUGCACCGCGACCUCAAAGCGGCCAACCUGCUCAUGGACGAGACGGGCACCGUCAAGAUCGCCGACUUUGGCGUCGCGCGUGUCAUCAACACAACCGGUGUCAUGACCGCCGAGACCGGUACCUACCGGUGGAUGGCGCCUGAGGUGAUAGAGCACAACCCGUACCGGGAGAAGGCGGACGUCUUCAGCUACGCGAUCACGAUGUGGGAGCUGCUGACGGGGCGCGUGCCGUACGAGGAGAUGACGCCCCUUCAGGCCGCGGUGGGCGUCGUGCAGAAGGGCCUGCGCCCCGUCAUCCCGCCUAACUGCCCCGAGGGCCUCGCCUCUGUCAUGCGCGACUGCUGGCAGCGCGACUCCAAGCAGCGGCCCUCCUUCGAGCUUCUCAAGGUCCGCCUCUCCUGA